AUGAACUACAGCCGACUGAAGGGAAUUGUGGAGGAGAUGGAGAACAGCAAUGUCAAGGACAACACUAGGUUCAUCGAGGAGUUGAAAUUAGAUAUCAUUCGAGUGGCGACUUUCUAUUCUGUUCAAGAAACACUGAUUAUUGAUAAAGUGGACAGCAAAGAAGAUGCAAAACAAGUUGUUGACGAUAUGAAACAACUAGAAGCUUACGCAUGCCUAAAUGAAGAGGGUCUUACUAGGAUUGCUAAGAAAUACGACAAGAUGGUCCGGAAUUGUCGCGAACACCCCAAGGCUUCCGACGAUGAGCCGCCGACUUCGUUGAUGGACGACAUCCUUCUCGAGAUGAAGGCAUGUGACUUCCACAACGCCACCACUAGACUCAAGGAGAUCCGCAAGGUUUAUGGUAUAUCUCCAGCAGAUGACGAUGCAUUAAAGGUCGAGGUGAGUGGUGUGACGAGGAAGGUUG